UUUGUGAUUUCCUGUUCUAGGAUGCCUCUUAGUCGAGUGGAAGAUGCAUGCGCUGCUAUGGCUUUUACCCGAUCAAAGCUUCGUAGGGAUGAAGUCUUAGAUAUCUAUUUUAAGUAUAGCUUUCCUUUUGAUUAUAGGGUAAUAUUACCCGGUGCCGAUAUGGCUGCGUCCGAUUCUCCAGGAUCUUCUUGUAGGGCGGUUCUCUUCGAAGAGCAAUUUGCUGCUGGUCUUAGGUUUCCUUUAGAUUCAUUUUUAGUAGAAGUGUGUAGGGAUUUAAAGGUUGCUCUGGGGCAACUUUACCCUGGUACGAUUAAAGUAGUGCUCGCCUUUUCGGAGGCAUGUAGGCUCCGGGGCUGUGCCCCUUCUCUCAAAGUGUUAUAUCAUUUUGUAGACUUUAGGAAAUGUGAUGGUUGCUUCGUUUUCGCCCUUGGCAGAGAAGGGCGAUCUCGUAUUUAUCUUCCUUGCCUAACCAGUCGCUGGCGAAGGCGUUUCUUUAUUGUUUACCAUAAAUUUGUUUUUCUUCAUUUUUCGGAUGGUUUUUCUUCUCAUCAAGUUCGGAGCUGUCCUUCUCCUUUAAGUUUAUCCGAGUCAAAACUUGCUUUCGACAUAUCUUCCUGUAGUAUUGAAUCGCGUCCCAUUCUAGAUGUCUUGGUCAAUAGUCGUCUUCGGCGUCGAUGGUUUCCUUUGGAGGAUCCUCCUCGAGGCUUGGCGGAUCUUUGCUACUCUUUUGUUCAAGAUUUGGACGUUCCGAUGGGUGGUCCUGACGUUCCUAUUGCCAACAUUAUUCCUGACGACAUUGACGUGGAUGGGGCUCCUGUUGAUAUUCCCAUAGCUCCCGCCGAGAUAGCGUUGCCUGAGGUUAUUGUUGUAGAUGAUGAUGAUGACUUGGCUGAUCCGUGGGUCGAAGGUCAGGAUCCUGCUAGUUUGCUGAAUCCUAGAGUGUUGGCGGAAUAUAUUCGAACUCUGGCGAUUCCUGAUGAUGUCACAGAAUUUUAUGAAAUAAUGGAAUUAGAACUGCUCUACCAAUCUUUGUCAUUAUCUGAUGAUGAAGACCUCACGAUUUGUGAUUUGGGAGAGAAAGCGAGAAGUAUUGGAGAGCAGAAAGUUGCGAACUCUUUGUUCGGUAAAGUUCUCUCAACGAAGAAGAUUAAUAGAGAUGGGAUAAUCUCUACGGUGAAUUUUCUGUGGAAAACAAGGAAACCUAUGGUGGUGGAAGCCGUUGGGGAUAAUCAUUUUAUUUGUCAAUUUGAGUCCCAGGAAGAUCGUCGAAGGGUCCUUACUGGAGGGCCAUGGAAAUUCUAG